UUUUAUUUUAGUUGGAAAUGCCACCCUCCGACGUGGCACCUCCCUUUUCUUCUUCUUCUUUUUCUUCUUCUUCUUCUUCUUCCUCACAGCUGGGAUCAUCCAUUACCUUUUUAUCGGACUUCUUCUUCUUCUUCUUCUUCUUCUUCAUUCACAUUUCUUCUUUUCUUUUACUGUUUUCUCAUUUGGGGGUUUCUUUUUUGUCCCUUUUUUUGGGGAUACUUUUUGUUUUUGUCGUUAAGCUUCUCUGUUUUCUCUUGCUCUGUCGUUUCUGUGUUUCGUUUAUGUUAUUCCAUUUGGUUGAUUAUUCAUCGUCCUUUUUUAUUAUUUCUUGAAGAUCCUUCUAUGGUGGAUGUGGGACUGUUCUAUUUUCAUUCCUUCUUAUAACUGUCCUUCAUUCGGGGUUGUUCUUUCUUGGCGUCUGGUUUGUUUUUUUGAUCUUUAGUUUCUUGUGCUUAUGGGUUUCUUGGUUUUAGAUUCUUAGUACAUUUUUACCGAUUUCAAUUUGGGAAAUUCUUGUUUGCCUUUGUUGUUGGGGAUUUUGGAUUCCCCAUUUCCCUGAUUCUUCGGUUUUCUUCCUUAUUUUAACCCCCUAAAAUUCCGUUUCCUGUCAAUUUUGCUUUGCGAUCACAAUGUUCGACAUGUUCUUGAAGCCUAAGUUCUAUACAAAAUGCAAAUCUUGCGUAAAGAUGACGAAGACGCGAUUGGAUACAAUUCGGAAGAAGAAGAAUGCGGUUCUCAAGUAUUUGAAGAACGACAUAGUUGAACUUCUCAAGAGUCGUCUUGAUUACAAUGCUUUCAACAGGGCUGAAGGGUUUCUUGUUGAGCGAAAUGUCUUGAGAUGUUAUGAACUGAUUGAUGAGUUUUGUGGCACAAUCUCCAAUCAAAUUCCUGUCCUAAAUAAGGAGAGUGAAUGUCCAGAUGAAUGCAAAGAAGCGGUCGCAACGUUAAUUUACGCCGCAGCGAGAUUCGCUGACUUGCCUGAAUUGCGAGAGCUUCGAAAUCUCUUUACUGAGAAAUAUGGAAGUUCCUUCGGCUCAUUUACUAAUAAAGAGUUUAUCGAAAAGUCGAGGGCAACAACUCAAACUAAAGAGAUGAAGAUUCAGCUGCUCCAAGAGAUAGCACAGGAAACAGCCAUCGAUUGGAAUUCCAAGGCUCUUGAACAGCAGCUGUAUACUCCUCCUCCCCAAAACGAACUUGAUGGUGAACGGAGUGGAGCCACCAAAAGAAACAAAACAAAGGUUGUUUCCGUUCCAGUGUAUGAAAGAAAGGCAAACUCACCGAGAAACAAGAACAAUAGUGAUAAUGAAUCCAUCUUUGAUAGUAGAAGUGAAGGCAACACAACCGAAACCUCGACAGGAGAUAGUACCGAUCAAGAUAUUCAUAAAGGCGUUUCGGAGGAUGAAGUAGAAGAUCAAAAACCCUUCAACCAUAGAUUUGUCCAACCUCCCUACCUUAAAACAAAACCUAUUAAAACAGAAGCAAAUGAAAAGGAACCUCGAAAAGUAACUAUCGAAAACGAUGAAAGUAAUAAUCCAAAAUCACCCACAGAAGAGAAGCCGAAACCGAGGUCCGUGAGGAGAAGAAAUGUGAAACCACAGCCUGCAAGAGACAUCAACAUUGACGACGUUGGGAGUUCCACAAUCGAUGUAACAACAAAAAUUAGCUCAAGUCGAAACAAAGGUAAAGAAACCAUGAUAGGGGAAGAGAAAGGUGCAAGGGAUGAUGAAGAAAGGGUAUUAGAUGGGCUUUUAAUGCAAUAUAGUAAGAAGAAAACAAAUCAAGAAUCAAAAAGUAGAGGAAAAAGCAACCUUAAACCACAAAGACAGCAAGAGAAAGACAAUAUUGAACAUCAAAGGCCCACAACCAGAGCAGUGUCACUUCCCACAGACCAAAAUGAGUCAACAAAAAAGCAUACCAGAACAAAUUCCUUUGUUCAUCCUAAGCUCCCAGAAUACGACCAACUCGCAGCUCGGAUUGCAGCACUGAAAGAGAAGUAAAAGACAUCGAUCCGUUACGUCGUCAUGUUAAAAAGGCUCCAUGUAUUCUAUAUGGUAAAAAGAAGAUACUUUACUUGGAAACUAGACCAAUUGCACACUUGCAAUUCUAUAGGAAAAUUCUAAUCCUUUCUGACAACGUACUCUGCUAAAGGUUUGGAGUAUUAUCUUAAUACUUUGAUAUAUCAUAUCAUAUCAUAUAUAUUGUGUAGCUCUUAAGAGUAUAUAAAUUCACGUUGAAGUGUGAUA